UGUUAUUGUUUCUCGUUGCUUCUUGGUACUAUUUCUAAAAUGUCUUGUCCCAUAUUAAUUUAUUGUUCCUUAAAUUAAGGAAAACGACCCAGGAGAUAACCCAGUCAAAAAGAGCAUCCUUUCCCCAUAGCCGCUCUCCUCUGCACAAGCGAAUCCUAGGCCUAUUGCGAUAGGCUGGAUUGACAGAACGUCGAGUCUCUCCCAUUCGGGCGACCAAUCGCAGCGGAGAGAGGUACCUCAUGCAAAAGGUUAGAGGAACCAGAGAGGGGCGGGGCGAUGUUCUUGCCCUGUCUGUGACGUCACGGGAGGAAGUCACUGGAGCCCAACAGGAGAAGGAUUACAAGGGAAAGAGCGGCAGUGGCCGGGAGUCCGCCAGGCACCGUCUGGGAGCAAAACCUCAACUUUCCAAAGAAAGUUCAAGCAGCAGCCCACGGCCACAGGGAAGAGAGCAGCCUGCGUGGCAGCGUGUGUGGGGCUGUUAUGGUGACAUAUAGCAAAGGGGGAUCCAGCCUUGGCACAUUCAAUUAGACACACGUGUGUUUGGGGCCACAGCUCCAACUCUUGCUCUCAAUUGGCUGCAUUCGUCUCACUUGUGCUUUUAUACUCCUUUUAUAGCUCCUUGUUUGUCUUGCCUUUGCAAUACACUAUUAUUCCUAUUUGUUCUUGCGUUGAACGUAGGAAAUACAGCGGCUAAACUUUUUGCAACCCAUGUGCUUCUCUUGGGGGAGAAGCGAUUAGAGAGAGUUGCACCGAGAGGAUUGGUAUGAAGAAGACUUGUGUCUGACUGGGAAGCAGCAUGGAAGGAUCCAGCUUUGGGAUAGACACGAUUUUGUCCAACGCAGGCGCAGUCAGUCCCGGCAUGCUCAGCGGAGACUUUAGGGAUGCCAGGGCUACGGAUUUUAGAGGCCAGGGGCCCCUGUCACCUGAUUCGGAGAUAGACACUGUGGGGAGCUCGCCAUCCUCGCCCAUAUCAGUCACUAUGGAGCCGGUAGAUCAGCACCGGCUAGUGGACAGCGUCCAUCACUCAGCGCAGCACUUGCAGCACCUGCACCCCACUCAGCAGCAGUCUCCCCAGCAGCAACAGCCGCCCCAGCUCGGCUCGGCCCCUAGGACUUCUACCUCUUCCUUCCUCAUUAAAGACAUUUUGGGGGACAGCAAACCUUUGGCUGCCUGCGCCCCUUACAGCACAACGGUUCCCUCCCCGCAUCACACUCCCAAACAUGAAGGCAAUGGCUCUUCGGAAAGUUUCCGGCCCAAACUAGAACAGGAGAUGCAAGAUGGCAAAGGGAAAGCAGAGAAGAUCCGGGAAGACUUGCAUACAGACAUUAAAGGGCACGGCACAAAAGAAGAGGGCGAUCGGGAGAUUACAAGCAGCCGGGAGAGCCCCCCAGUACGAGCCAAGAAGCCCAGGAAAGCCAGGACAGCCUUCUCCGACCAUCAGCUCAACCAGCUGGAGAGAAGCUUUGAGCGACAGAAGUACCUCAGCGUUCAGGAUCGCAUGGACUUGGCAGCAGCCCUCAACCUGACAGACACACAGGUCAAAACCUGGUACCAGAACAGGAGGACCAAGUGGAAGCGGCAAACUGCGGUGGGACUGGAGCUACUUGCUGAAGCUGGCAAUUAUUCAGCCCUACAGAGAAUGUUCCCAUCGCCCUAUUUCUAUCAUCCGAGUCUGCUGAGCAGUAUGGACAGUACCACAGCGGCUGCAGCAGCCGCAGCCAUGUACAGCAGUAUGUACAGGACUCCCCCUGCCCCUCACCCCCAACUACAGAGACCCUUGGUCCCCAGGGUACUUAUCCACGGCCUGGGCCCGGGAGGUCAACCAGCUCUUAACCCUUUGGGAAACCCAAUCCCAGGUACCCCUCACAACCGGUGAAACAGUAGUAUCUAAUCACCGCAGCACAGUGUCACCAUUGCAGUAAUCCAAAAAAAAGACAUCAGAACCGGAGUCAGAGGAGUUAUGUGAUGGGAGAGAGACAAAGGAUCCACUUUAUGCGAAUCCGGAUAAAUCCCCCAUACAUGAAAGGCCAAAUACACCGAGCAGACAACGUUUCCACUUAAAAGAACUAGGCCUACAAUUGGCACUGGAGUGUCACCUGGCAGGCACACAGGGAACUCAGGAGAGGCAGAAGUGGCCCCCAAGGGGCAUCUGCAGAGAGCAGAGGGCAGAAUACAGUCACUGUUGGGAAUGAUACCGGAGAAGGACUUUAGCGGCAUGAGCAGCCCGGUACCGACCCAGCAGGAGGAGACGGGAACUUUGCACUGAUUUCUAGUGAGCGUUUUCCUUAUGACGAGUGGCAUGCUCCUUAAUAUAAAUCAAUGUACAUUUGAAAAGACUCUGUGAUAUAUCAUAUUUAUUAUAUGUGGUCCAAAAACAAACAAAAAAAAUCACGACUAUUUGUUAAUUACUUUUUAUUUUCUUUCAUGUCCUUUGGCCCUGUCCAAAAAUAAAUGCUUAGAUGAAGGAUAUAGAUUUUUCUCUGUGAUUGAGAGUAAACGAAAAAAAAAAAAUCUAUCUUUUUUUAACAAUUGCUGACAUGAGAAAAUGGUUUUAAUAAAAUUAAAAUUUGCAUCAUU